AUGUCCUACGACAGGAGCGAUCAGGCUUUGGCCUAUACGGUGCCGUUUCAACUGACCAAGAAAAUCCACCGGAGCGUCCCUGACGCCCUUCAACCAGAAACGAAAGAGGCCCAAGCUGCAGCACAAGGAAAGAUCGUUGUCAUCACGGGAGGCGGCACCGGCAUUGGAGCGGCAUCUGCGAAGGUAUGGGUCCGCGCAGGUGCAGCAGGAGUCGUCAUCGCUGGCCGCCGGCAGGAGAAGCUCGACGAGACGGUUUGUGAGCUGGAGAAGCUCAAGAAGACCGACACCAUCAUCUUCGGUGUCUCUACCGAUGUGAAGCUGGAAGCCAGCGUGGACAAUCUGUUCAAGCAGGUGAACAAGCGGUUCAACCGGCCCGCCGAUGUCGUGUUCGCCAACGCUGGAGUCGUUACGGACCCGAAGCCAUUGACUGAGGAGACGGUAGAGCGGUGGUGGAACGUUUACGAGAUCAACGUCCUCGGCGCUCACAACACAGUUCGCAGCUGGAUCAACAGCCAGCCAGAUCCGAGUAAGCCCGUCGGGACAAUCAUAAACGUCAACACCGGCCUCGCCGGCUUCAUCGCACCUGGCAUGUCCGCCUACUCGACUUCCAAGCUCGCCGCGCACCGCUACAUGGAGUACGUCGCUGCCGAGUUCCCAAGUCUCCGCACUUUCACCCUUCUCCCCGGCAUCGUGGCCACGGACAUGGCUACAGAAGCCACCGACUUCGCGCCGUAUGCAAAGGAUGAAGGUGAGCAGACGGGCGCGUUGGGGCUCUAUCUAGCGUCGUCGCGUGGCGACUGGCUGAACGGGUCUUUGACUAGCGUCAACUGGGACCUGGAGGAGAUGGAGGCGCACAAGGACAAGAUCGCAGACGGGAUGUUGAAGAUCAAAUGGGUGCCUGUGUUGCCGUGCUCUGGCGGCGAAGGCAUUUAG